CCUGCAAGAAAAAAAGACAAAGAAAGAUACACUUGAGAAGUCAAAGUGUGCAACGAAGAAAGAACAACGCAGCCAUCAGUAAGAAAGAAAAAGAGGAAAAAAGAUAGAAGUAGAAGAAGGUGAAAGUAAGAGAGAGACGGACAGAGGGUGGGUGGUGGGGGGCUCUCGGUUUAAGAGAGAGGGAGAGAGAGGAGGUCGAAGGGAGUCGAGCGAGGAGAAUGACGGAUAGCCAGCAGCAGUUUUGCUUGCGUUGGAACAACUUUCAAGCUAAUAUCACCAGCCAAUUCGAGGCCCUCAGGGAUGACGAGGACUUCGUUGAUGUCACCUUAGCCUGCGAUGGUAGGCGUCUCCAGGCGCACAAGGUUGUCCUCUCCGCGUGCAGCCCUUACUUCAAGGAGUUGUUCAAGACAAAUCCAUGCAAGCAUCCGAUAAUAUUUAUGCGUGAUGUGGAAUUUGAACAUCUACAGUCACUUUUGGAAUUCAUGUAUGCUGGAGAGGUUAACAUAUCUCAAGCAGAAUUACCUACAUUUUUAAGAACUGCUGAGUCUCUGCAAAUCCGUGGCCUCACUGACUCUCAAAAUAAUCAGCACAACAACGAAAAGCAUUUGAAGACAAACAAUAUACAUGCAUCAAAUGGUCGUGGGUUGAUCUCACCAAAUUUAGAGGAGGAGCGUAGUAAAACUCCACCAACCUCAAGUCCUCCACCAUUAAAAAGGCUGUGCAAACGAAGUGAUUCGCCUCAAAUAUCUAGUCCAGUACCAGCUGCGGCGGCCUGUGCAUCUGGAACACCACGCACACGGCCAUUAAUUGAGCCACAGGUUCAACUUGACUGUUAUAAAGAUCUCGAUAUUGUUGAGCCAAAAAUAGAAUUACCAGAAUAUGGAAGCGAUGAUGAUUGUUCUCCAAAGCAGGAAGUCAACACACUGCCAAGUGGCUUUCUUAGCCUUGAUGGUGGCAUGGAAGUUUUGCCAUCUUAUCCACCUUCUUAUCAAGGUGGAGGAGCAGGAGGAGGAGGAGGAGGUGGUGGAGGGGGUGGUGGAUCAUUAGAAGGUGGGAUGCCAGGACCAUCUCAUGCUGGAAACACGGAGUUAAAUCAAGAACAGCAAGCUGACCUACGCAAACUGCACUCGCUGGACCCACGCCCCUGUCCUGUCUGCAACCGCAUGUACAGUAACUUGUCGAACCUGCGUCAGCACAUGCGCCUGAUCCACAACCCUCAGAGUGUCACAUGCCCCCUCUGUAACAAGCCAUUCAAGACCAAGCUCUACCUGAAGCGCCACCUGGUCAGUUUCCAUGAGCUCAGCGUGGCAGACAGGCAUCGCCAGGAAGAAAUCUACCAACAACAACAACCUAAAGCGCAACAACAAGCUGGAGCGCAAACUCAUCUACAAAUCCAGGCACAACAAACAGAUGUUAAACCUUUUCCUGUGCCUAGAGUUUCUAUGGAAGAGGGUACAGCUACAGUAACUCUGGAAAACAAAUCAAGAGUAUUCCAAGAUGGUGCUUAUGAGGUCAAUCAGACCAAUGCCGAAUCAAAGCACUUUCAAAGCAGUAUCAUGCAAUUUGAUACUGCAUACCACUAAUGCGCCUUAGUUUCUUCGGCCCAUUUGUGAUAGUUUUUUGGUUGAGUAGGCUUAAAGCCAGUAUUUCCUGGCAACAAUAAUCUCCAGAUGGAGUUUAAUAUAGUCUUUCGAAAGAAGGUGCAGUGAAAAGAUUAAGAGUUUGUGCUGUGAUGCGAAGAGCAAUUUAUAAUAAUCUAGAGAGAAUUUUAUAGAAUUUUUCACAUUGAAAAUUUUUCAUAAUACUAACUAUUUUUUAAGAGUUUUUUCAAAUUUAGAAAUCGUUUAUUUCUAUUUUUAAUAAGCAUAUUUUUGCUUUAAUUUAUUUCACAUAAAAAUUUAAUUGAAAAGUUGUAAAUAUUAUGUUUAUUCAAAGUAGAUAUAGUACAAUAAUAGAUCAAGUCUUUAGAGUAGAAUGUAAAGCAUAUUAAUUUAAGCAAUUUUAAUAGGUAGAAUGAAAUUUAUUAUCGAAAGACGAUAUUUUUUUUUAAAUUUGUGCUGUUCUUAUUAUUUGUAUUAUUAUUAUUACAUUUAUAACAUCAUCUUAUUUCUUAUUAUUUAUAGUUGUAUUUAGAUAUAUAGAGAUAAUAGAUUAGAAAGUGCAGCUAUUAUUUUGUGCAUAAUGAUAAUGUGCAAUGAGUAUUUUUUAAAUAGUAUAUUAAUAAAUUAAUGUGUAAUAUUUAUAUUACAUAUAAAAUAAUUGCGACAGUAUUAAAAGAUAUAAAAUUUUUAUGUUUUGAAUAAUAUUCAUAUUUAUCAAAAUAUAAAUAUUAUUUUUAUCUGUUAAAGAGUAUAAUGCAUUUAAAAUAUACGUUGUAAUAUAUUUAUAGUAUUUUUAUGAUUUAAAUGCACAAAAAUUUUGUUAACGUAAUUUGAAACAAUAACUAAAAUUUUAUCUCGGAUUGAAUUGAUAUUCUACAUAUAAGAGCUGCAUUCCUAGUUUGUUCAGUAGUUCCUAAUAUCUUUUUAUAAUUUUAUAUUUCGAUUUUUGUUAUAAAACGAAAUACAAGACUUUUUUGGUUAAGAAUAACAAUAGAUGUAAUUAAUAUUAAUAAUAUCAUUAUAUUAAUGAUAUUAUUAAUAAUAAAUGAAUAUUAACGUUAAUAUUUAGUAAUUAAAAUAAAAAUUUAUAAGCAAAAUAUGUAAAUUUUACUCUAAAGACUUUUAACGAAGCGAUGCUAAGAUUAUUUUUGUGCUCGUGUCUUCAUAGCACAGUUUACUCGAUAAAAUAAUCUUUUCACGGUGACUUAAAAUAACUAAUGAAACAAUAGUCCUUAAAGGACAUAACUCGCAAAAGGUGCCGUGCCUAUUCGUCGUAAGGUAAAGCGAGAAUAUUCCUUAAACAAAAGAAGAAACAAGAGAGAAAUUACAAAUAAUCGCCGCAAGUGGAACAGCCAUCCCACCUCGUACUGAUUAUUCCGCGAGCCAGGAUAACUUGUUGUUUUAUUUGAUGCUAUACAGUGUUAUACAGACUACAGAUAUUUACAACGAUAUUAUAUUCUUACAGAGGAUUAUAUUUACUUUAUUGAUUGCGUCACACGACUGGGUGACACGCACAGAAACUCCCAGGAUGACGUACGAACAUAUUAUAAUAUAUUUUUCACCGCGUAGCAGUUUAACGGUGCAAUAGACAGCCAACCGAUUUUACAGCUCAAGCAGAUUUACAGAGGAUUUAUUAUUGACAGUUAUCGAUGGGAAACCACCGUGAUGCAGCAGAUUGAAUUUAAUAUAUUAUAAGAGGCCUGUGUCCGAGAUGGCUUUUUCUUGCAAAUUCUUUUUAUAAUACGCUCUAACGUGAUAUUAUAGAGCUAAAUUUAUCACUUUUCUCUAUAUUUUUUUUUAUAAAAAAUAAUUAAUUUUUCAAUUUUUUUCUGCGUAAUUUUUACGUAAUUUUUUAUACGUAAUUUUUUUUAAUCAAGAAAUAUUUGAUUUCGCAUUAAACGAUGUAAUUAAUUUAUUAAAUGAUAGUAUUAUUCUAUUUUUUUAAAUUUUAUUUUAACGAAUAUAUAUUCGAAAUUUUAAAAUAUUAUAUUCUCGUAAAAUAUCGUUAAUAAUUUAUUAUUUUAUAAAUAUAAUUAUAAUUUUUUUUUCUUUUACAAUUUUUUAAAAAUAAAUUAAUUUUUCCUUCUUUUAUCAACGUUUUAUAGUUGUAUAACGGUGUUUUAUAAUUACAACAAUUUUUAAGGUUAUAUUUUUAAUAAAUUUAUAUUUUAUUUUUUAUCCCUUUUAGUAAUUUUUCUUUCAAAUAUAACUUUUUAAAAUACGAACAUGCUUCUACGUUUCACAUUAUUAUUUUAAGUUAUUGAUUAUAAUUAAAAGCUAUAUAUAUAUAUAUAUAAUAUAUAUAUAUAUAUAUAAUAUAUAUAGCUGCACUAAUAUAUAUAAUUUAAUUUUGUCAGUAUCUCAAAAUAACAUAUAGUCCACGAUAAUAUAUAAAAAAUAUUUUAUAUUUUACUUCGUAAUCGUUCGAUAUUAAUUUUUUUUUCUUUUUUUUUUUUUUUGCAAAACUUACAUUUCGUAUUUGAAUCUUUUUAAAGAGAAAAGAGAAAAGACGAAGAACCAUCUCGGACACCGCCGAACUCCAUAGCCAUAGUACCACACAGUACAACUCAGGAUCUUUUAUAUUAUAUUUUACAGAUGACAAUAGUUCCGUGACCGCGAUGUCCUCGACAAAUUUUUCGCUAUGUAUUUUACAUCAGAGUCUAAAAUUUUCAAUAAUUUGAUAAUUAUUUUCGUUUCGAUAGAAAUUUUAAGUCGUGUAUUAUUCAACUUCUUUUUCUAUCCUUCGGUUCAUUCAAAUUUUUUUUUUUUUUUUUAAUGAAUAAUUUCAAUGAUCAAAUGAUCGUUUCUUCUUCUUUCAUUCUCCCUCUUUUUCUUUCUUUUUUUAUAAAAUUCAAAAAAUUUUACUAUCUUCUAUUACUUGUAUUUUUCUUUCAGUUUCGUCGAAUAAUUACAAAAUUAUUGGAAAUUUAACUUAUAGACUCCGAGUUGAAAGAAAGUCGAAAUAUUUCUCGAGUUGAUCGCGCCAUUCACACAGGCUCCUUACCUCACGAUUUACAAUCAAAUCACAGAUGCAGCUAUAUAUUAUUAUAAUAAGUAUAUUUACAUACCGUUUUACAAUAGUGCCGGAUCGCAACGACUGCGACGAAUCAAAUUUUUGAAAAAAAAAAAAACGCCAGACUCAUUAACCACAAUUAAAGAGAUGGAAAAAAAAAAGAAAAGAAAAGAAAAGAAACAAACAAACAAACAAACAAACAAUUGAUUCCAAUUUUUUUUUCAUCUCGUAUGUGGACGGGGUUUUUCUUUUUCUUAUUGUUACGCACUUUUUCCGAAGGUUUUUCUAUUCGUUUUUUAACGCGUGGAAUAGAGAGCUUCGUGCCCAGCGCAUAGUUUAUAACUGACUCUAAGAUUAGAAUAUAAAUGUUGCAUAUCAUGUUAUUAAGAUUGUUGUACAGACAGCCUGUUGCAAACCUCGGUCUAUGGUUCCUCUCUUAAUAUUUCUAUUUCUUUCUUUCUUUCUUUCUUUCUUUCUUUCUUUCUUUCUUUCUUUCUAUUCUUCUAAUCCUCGUGCGUUAAUUUUUUUGUUAUCAAGAUUUUUUUAUCAUUACUCGAAAUCGACGAAAUUUUUCCAAUAUUUCUUAUCGCGUAAAUUCGUAACUAUUAAUAAUUUUUUUAACGAAAAAAUUUUCCAAAAUAUUUCAUUAUUUCUUCGAACUUCGAUAACGAAAUUUUUACUUACGUUCCAUCGAUCGAUGCUGAUACACGCUUCCCGCGUUAUCGUAACCGUGGAUCGAUCGAUCUUUUUUAAAUCUUAAAAUUCUAUCUCUUGGGUCGGUUUAAAUUUUUUGAUAACGUAAAAAAAUUUGUUUGGAGUUAAUUAUUAGAAAGAUUACAGACGCAUCGUAGAUGGAUAGAUUGAUUAUUUAUUAUAUUUUAUUAUGAAAAUAACGGAUCGAUUGGCUCCCUAGACCGAGAAUCAUGUUCAUAUACAUAUAUCAUACACACACACACGUAAAGCACAUAGCCAGAAUCAAACAGCGAGCCAUAAAGUUAGAGAUUACAUUAGAAAGAGUUAAAGAAGCUCAACAGAUAAUCGAUAAUGAUUGGAAACAAAAGGAAACGAUACGAUACAGACAAUUACAGGGAAUUCAUUUUUUCUAACUCGCAAUCUAAUUCGCUGGGCAUUAAAAGUGAUAUGAUAUGAUCAGCCUAUUAGUUGAUUGAUUAAUUGAUUAAUUGAUUGAUUGAAACAUUCCAACAGAUGAUGCAGUUUUUCCAUUUUUCCAACCCAAACCGCCGAAUAAUCAAUAACCGAUAAUUAAUAACGACAAAAAAAUGACAAAAUUCAGAAAAAUUCAAUUAUCUCAAGAAACGUCUAAGUCUGGAGAAAGCACCUUUUCGCAAAGAAUUCAUUCCCUGAAUAUUUUUUUUUUUUUUUUUUCUUUUUUUCUUUCUUUCUUUCUUUUUAUGUGUAUAUAUUUAUAUAUUAUACACACUUUUAAUCGGUGGGCGAUUUGAAAAUUGGAAAGUUGAAACGCUUGUUCGAGUUUAAGGAGUGAAAUAUAUAACGAGAAAUCUGAAGAUGGAGGGAUGCGAACGCGAGAAUUAAAAAGGUAUUUUUGAGAUUCGGAAAGAGGAAAUUUUUCGGGAAUUUUUAGAAAUUUCAACAAAAUUUUUAUCGAAAGAUUAAACGAAAGAUUAAGAGGCAAAGAAAAGAAAAAAGGGGGGAAGGGGAAAUUAUCCGGAUAAUUCCAGAAAAUUCUUAAAAAUUGUGAUAAUUUUGUACAAUUUCGAGUAUAUAUAUAUAUAUAUAUACAGGUUUCGAUUCGAAAGCUGUGUGAACUUUCUGAUUUUCGAUUCAACGGUAUAUAUUUUCUUUUUCAAGUCAAGUCGAAGAAACGAAACGAAAAGAGAAGAAGAAGAAGAAGAAGAAAAAAAAAAAAGAAAAAAAACAUGUAAAGCAAAGAUUCGACGAGUAGCUACGGAUAAUUAACAUUCCCGUUUAUUCGUUAAUCGAUUUUAUUUGUACAUUUUUUACUAUUACUAUUACUACUACUACUUCUAUUAUUAUUAUUAAUAUUAUUAUUUAUUCGAAAACGUAAUAAUUGUAUCUCGAAAUGUAUCGAGAUAAGUUGUUGAAACGAAUUUUUCGACUCGAAAAAUUUAUUUUAUUUUCUUUCUUCAUUCAUCCGAGUUUUCUUUUCUUUUCGAGGAAAGUGCAUUUGCUUAAUUGUUGUACAUAUUGUAAAUUACAAAUGAUUCGUAUACUCGAGAGCUAGCGAUUAAUCGUAAAAUUAGACUUAGGGUUAAUUAAAGGGGAUAUAAAGUGGUUUCUCGUUCGGUUGUUAUAAUAGCUUUCCUAUUUCUUAAUGAGAAGAAGAAAAAAGAGAGGAAAAAAAAAAUAGUAGUUAGCGUUCUUUUAAUUAUUCGUAAGAAUGAAAAAAAUCUAGUCAAAUUGAAGUUUCGCGAAGAAUUGUAGAAUGUGUCAAAAAAUAGAGUUUUCUCGUAUUUUUUUUUUUUUGUGAAAAAAUCGUUACUUUUUCUUUCUUCGUAAACAAAAGUACGAGAAAGUGACUUGGUUGGAAGAACGAAAGUAAAAAAAAUUCAAGUUCCUUUCUUUUUUUUCUCUUUUUUAACAAUAGACCGUAAUCGAAUCGAGAUAGAGAAAAUUUCGUUCUUCUAAGCGAUGCGAGGACAGAGAAAACAAAUUUUCGAGAAUAGAAAUCGACGGUGCAAGAAGUUGGUAGAUGGAAGAAAAGAUAUAGUUCACUGAAAUUGCGACCGUAAAACUUGCUAGUUACGAAUAUUACUACAAGUUAAUCUCAUAUUUCUUAAUUUUCUCUCUCUCUCUCUCUAUCUCUCUUUCUCCAUCCUUCCUUCCUUCCUUUAACUGCCCGUCAUUAUCGUCUUCUCCUUCAUUUUCUCAUUCUUCUCUUUCCCCUUCCCCUUCCCUUUGAAACGUCUAUCUACCAUUCUUCGUAUCUAAUGUAAGAUAUUUUUUAUUACUCGAUAGCGUAUUCGAACGACCAGUAUUUCACUAUAUUUUUUAAUAGUGAUUUUUAUAAUUGUAAAGGUGAUGUAGUCGAUAGUGCAAUUUUUCGAGCGUAGAUAUGUAUGUAGUUAGUGCAUCAGUAUUAAAAUGGGAACGCAACUAGGAAUAUAUGCAACUUUUGUGCAAUUCUCUCGAUAAUUUGUGUAUUUCUUGUGUGAAGAUUGUGAAUUAUUAUUAUUAUUAUUAAUAAUGCAAUUUUUCAUUAUCAAUCGCAUUUAUCUAAAUAUUCCGAUAAGGCGAGUCUUUUAUAUAGAAGCUAAUAAUCUGCUAUUUAAUCUGAUUUUUUUUUUCUUCCUUUUCUUUUCUUUCUUUUAAAUUUUAAAUUAGAUCUAAUUUCAUGUUCUUAUCUCUUUUUUACGCGAAGUUUAAUUAAAAACUUUUUUCACUUAAUUGCCUCUUAUAUCUGAAACGAAUUAAAAUAUAUAGAUCGGUUUAAUUAUUGCAUCAGUAUAAAAUUAUUGCAUCUAUAGAAGAAAUGUGUUAUAAAGUAUUAUAAAUUAUAAAUUAUUAUCCGAAUAUUGCAUACUUUCUGUAGAAAAAAAAGAAAAAAAAAAGUAUUCUUACUUUAAAUUGUUUUCGAUAACAAAUUUUAUAUUUUCAUAUUUACGAUUAUAAUAAUAUCAAUAAGAAGCAUGGAAAUGUGAUUAAAAACAAUUUCGUUCGUAAUUUAUAUUUUGAUAUAAAAGAUAUAUAAUUAUAUAUUAAUUUAAAUUAACGAAAUGUACAUCUUAUCUUCUCUUAUUGGCAUAAAACCUGUUUGGUUAUAAAAAAAAAAAGCAACCGUAUCACCGAUAUUUUUAAUCUCGAUUAAAUAUCGACGAUAUAAUCGUGAUUAUAAAUUUAAUUUUUAAUAAAUAUUCUUAAAUUAAACUCCUCGGUUACGAUUGGUCGAUUUUCGAUACCGAAGAGAACCGAAAUUACGAGAAUUGAUUUCGGUGUCUUUUUUUUUUUUUUUUUUUUUAAUCGUUGUUUAAAAAAAAAAAAGAAAAAAACUGGAAAAAGACGAAGAAGCGAGGCAUUUACAAUUUUUUGCUUAUGGAUUAAACCACUACUGAAUAAAAUAUCUAUCUAAAAAUAUCAUUGAUAUUUAUCUCUUAAAAAAAGUAACGUUAUUAAACAUUAUGCGAAGUAAUAGUAUCGAGCUGUACAUAUUAUUGCUUUCUGCGUUUAAUAAGAUUCCGGUUGCGAAUUUCAGUGAAUGUAACGAAAAUCACCGAACGAGAAUCCAAACUGACGUAGCGCAACAUUUUUUGCAAAUCUACUUGGGGAAAAUCUCUCUCUCCCUCUCCCUCUCCCUCUCCCGCCCUCGCCCUCUCUCUCUCUCUCUCUCUCUCUCUCUCUCUCUCUCUCUCUCUCUCUCUCUCUCUUUUCCCUACAAAAAAAAUUUCAAUCAAAUUUUUCAUCACGAGAAACAUUCCGCGACGAUAUUUUCGUAGAAAAAUGUGAAAUCAUUCAUUGACUUUUCUCCCGACGAAUUUAAGAAAAUUUAAAAAUUUCCAAUUUCGGCAACAUGAUUUAAAAUUCUUAUCGUUGUUGCGUUGAAACAAUACACUGUGACAGUGAGUGGGUUAAUAAUAAGGCACGUCGUGUUAUUUUAAUGAUGAUAUUUAAUGAUGAUGAUGAUGAUGAUGAUGAUGAUGAUGAUGAUGAUGAUGAUGAUACAUGAUUGCAAAUAAUUUUUCGUAACUUUUUUUUUUAGAAUAGGAUUAUAAAAGUUGAAAAUUUUUGCAAUAAAUAGGGACUACUGUACUUCUUGCAAAAAAGAAAAAAUUGGAAAGUAAGAUAUACGUAAUAUUUGAAAAUGAUUAAUCGCAGAAAAGAAGGAGAAGAAGAAAAAUUCGAAAUCUUUAUAAAAGCGUCCCUCACCCCUCAAAAAAAGACAAGAUUGGAAAGGAUAAAAGCAAUGAAAAAUUUUUAUGUCUUAGUUAGAUUUAAAAACUGAUUAAAAAAAGAUAUAUACGUGUUUCUCUGGAGAGUAAAAAAAAAAGAGGAAAAAAAAAUUAAUAAUAUUCUUAUUAUAAUAUAAAGAGAUCGACGAAGAAGAACGAAAAUGUUUUUCAAAUUUCUGCAAAAGAAAAACUUUACUUUAAUAACUUUAUAGACAAAAGUAUUUUGCAGACAGAAGAGAGGAAAAAAAAAUAAAGGACAUAUAAAUUUUAGAAGUUGUAAAAAAAAGAAAAAAUAAGAAAGCGAGAAUUUCACGAUUUUUUUGCAACUGCUAUGUAUUCAAACGAGAGGAAUAAUAACAGAUAUCUUAAAUAAGCCUUUUAAAAAAAAAAGUUUUGCAGGAAUUAUUGCAAAUAUUGUAAUCCCAGAUUUUUGCAAAAAAAUACAAAUAUUAGAUUCAAAAAAUUUUUACCGAAAACUCAUAAAAAAUUAGAUUGUAGAAUUUUUACGAAAAAAAAAACUCGACUAGAUUUAGAUUUAUAGAUUUUUUGCAAAAUAGAAGUAAAAGAAAAGAAAAAAACCGAUGUUGCGAGAAGUAAAUAACGAGAUUAGGUGGAAUUUUUAUGGAAAAAAGAAGAAGCAAAAAAAAAAAAAUCACGAAAAAGUGACGAGAGAUUAGAUAGAAAUAAAAAGAUAUUUAAAAAACGAAAAAGUGAAAUUCAAGAUAGGAGAUAUUUUUUCGAGAUUAUUAACGGGGGUUUGCAAAAAAUCUAUCAAGUCAGCAGCUCGUUCCAAUAAUUAAACGAAUCGACGAGAAAAUUCCGAAUAAUAGAUUAAAAAAAAAAAAAAAGAAAAACUUAUCCGUAAAUUGUAAUUAUUUCUAAAAUUUCUACAAGGGGUGAAUGCAUGAGGUGAACCAUGAGGGAAAAAUAAGGAAUUGGAAUAUUGAAAUUUUUUUAUGUAUUUUCCCAUUCUCAAAACGGAAAAAACUUUUCGCAUAUAUGUGUAUAUAAUACGGAAGGGAAACGAAUUUUUUGGAAUUUUCUUCGAAUUUUAUUUGCUUCCGAUGUAGAAAUUUUUCACACACGCUUUAACUUAAGUAAAUUUAUUUAUUGAAAUUCAUUAUUAUUAUUAUCAUUAUUAUUAUUAUUAUUAUUAUGUAAACUGUCCCGAGUGACGUAGAACGUACGAAGUAAGAACGAUUUCAUAAUUAUUCACACGAAACGACUGAAUAAUCGAUUCCUUUUCUUUCUUCGCUAUAAAAAAAAAAAAAAAGGAAAGAAAAGAAAAGGAAAACGCUAAUGCGAACGAGAAGUAAGAAAAAAAAAUUAAAAAAAAAAAAAAUUAAAAUUUUUGUACUUAGAAGUUUAUCUGGACAGAUAAUUGUUCCCCCUUUUUUGUUAUUCUUAUUUUAUUUUAUUUUAUUUUUUUUUUUUUACUUAAAAAGUGUAAAUUGUAAAUAAAUUAUUUUUUUUCGUCGAACGAUUAAAUAUCCUUUUUUUUCUCUUCAAUAUCGUUAUCGAUAUUAAUAAUUUUCCAUAAGAUACGAUACGGAUUGAUAUUUUUUUUUAAUAUCGUUUUGAUUUGAAUUUAUUUUUCUAUUUUCUUAAGAAUGUUUAUCGUUUGAUUUUUUUUUUUUUUUUUUUAAUUUAAAAAGGCUCGAACGAUUAUCUGCACGGAUUAAACCGCGCGAUAAGAGAACAAUCGUGUGAAUCUUUCGCGGUUGAGAUGUAAUGUGAACGCGUUUCGUUUAUUAUUAUCGCAAUAAAAUAUCCUAUGCGUACGUAUUUUUCUAAUUGUUAUUUCUUAACUUAAAUGUAAUUUAAGUUUUAAAGUUUUUACGUUUAAGCAAAAAAAAAAAAAAAGAAAAAAAGAAAAAAAAAAGGAAAAAAAAAGAAAAAAAAAAGUGUAAAACAUUUUAUAUUUUACAUGAGUAAUUGUGAACGAUAAAUAAUUAAUCGAUGAUAUUCGAAACGAUUUUAAUGAAACGUUAGAAAAAGAAGAAGAAAAAGGAACUACAUUUUGGACGUCGAUUUCAUUUUCGUCCACAGUGCGAGGAUUAAUUAUUUAUUGUGAAAGAAAUACAUAGACGUGGGUUAAGUGGAAACGAUUUUAAUCGCAAAUAGUUUUAAAAGUUGAUCGAUAAAGUUCCUUUCCCGUAUAUAAUUGUCCGUGCGAUUAACUAAUUAAUUAAUUAAUUAAUUAAUUAAUUGUCUCUUCAAGUUUGUUUAUCGAUCGAGGAAAAGAAUUAUCGCGAUACUUAAAUAAAAUAUAUAUAUAUAUAUAUCUGAUGAUAAAUGAUAUUCGAAAGGAAUUUUAUAAACGUUUAUCAACAUAUUUUUUUUUUCCUUUUGUAAAUUUUUGUUAAACGCGUGAUUAAUAAUUGUAAAUUGUUCAAAUCUCUCGCGUUAUUCUUAUGUUCCUAUUUUAUUUAAUUGUGUCGCAUUUUUUUUUUUAAAUCCAAUUCGUGUAAAAAAAGAAAUGAGUGUAAAUAUUUAAGGAAAUUCGUUUUCCCUUUUUUUCCUUUUAGUUUUACGACUGAUUAUUAAUGAUCUAUCGACAAUUAUUAUUAUUAUUAUUAUUAUUUUCUUUUUAUUUUUAAUAACAUAUAUAUAUAUAUAUAUGUAUGUAUGUAUGUAUAUAUAUAUGUGUGUGUGUGAAUAUUUGUUGGAUGAUUCCUUUUUGCGAGUAAUAUUUUUCUAAUUUAUCGAUAUGUCGAUUCAGAUUAUAUUAUAUUAUCACGAUAUUAACGUACGUAUGUAAUCAAGAUGUUAGAAAAAUGUUUUCAAAUUGGAGGAGGAAGGGUCGUACAAAGGACGAAUGCCCGAUGUUUGGAACACAUUUUUCUCGUAUCUUCGAUCGAUACAUUCGAUGCUGUUCACGAUGACACAACAUGUUCCUUAAAGUAACACUUUUUAUUAUCGCCCUAUCCUAUUUUGUAUCUUUAAUUCGACAUAUUAUAACAUCAUAUACAUUAUGCGAUACAUUUUUUACGAUAUUAAAUGUAAAAAGAGUAAUAUUUAAAAUUAUAUAUUUGAUCAUCAAAAUAUAUUAUAUCAAACUAUUAUAUUAUGGAGGAAUUGAAUUCUAGAAAUAAUUACAUUUUAACGCGUCAUCGUUUCGAUACUGUCAUUUUAUUUUAUCGCCUAAAGUUAUCGAUUAAAUGUUAAUAAUUAUCGUGAAGAUUAUUAAAAAAAAAAAAUCGUGUUUUUUCGAGGAUUUAUAUUUUUCUCGAUAUUUUCUCUCUCUCUCUCUCUCUCUCCAAAUUACAAACAAUUGCGCAUAAAGCAUCAUCCAACAAUUAAUUAACAAAGUUAUCGUUGUGUUAUUCGCGCGGCAAUAUUAUAUUCGUGCUUGAAUUUUCAUUUCGAAUCUAAAAAAAAAAGACAAACGUAAACGAGACUCGUAAAAAAAGAAAAAACACUUUUCUCGAAAGAAUUUCUUUUUUUUUUUUUUUUCGAAGAAUCGAAACGAUAGAUGAUAUUUAUAUAGCAAGUAAUCAUUGAGAUUGAAAAUAUCGAUACGGAUAUCACGAGCAAUUUUCUCGUGGUUUGAAAAAUCAUGAUGCGUUUUAUUUGUAUCGGUGUUUUAAUCCACCGGUUGAUUGUAACCUUUCGAUUAUCAGCGCGAAGAUAUCGGUGAAUAAAGGAUAUUCAAAUUUGUACGGCAUCUUCGUUAUUAAUUAUUUUAUGCUCUUUUGUUUUUAAUUCUGUUUAUUUGCCAAAGAAAAGCUUGGAUUAAAAAAAUUUAAAUCAAAUCGUGUUACAAAUUACGUACGACCGCUUUAAUUUCAAUUUCGAUGAUUAAAUUAUAUUUUCGCCUAAAAAAAAAAAAAAUGUUAUUUACGUUUUUCGAAUUUAAACUCGAUUUUUAAUCUCGACAACGAUGAAUCGAAAUUUUUUUAAAACAAGGAUAAACAAGAUCGAUAUAAAAAUAUAUAUUAAUUUUGUUAAUUUUAUUUUAUCCUUUCGAAUAAUUGUAUAUAUAUAUACGUACAUAAGUGAUAAGAUCGUUUUAAGUUUCUUUGAACGAAACUUCUCUUCUAAGGUGAAUACACGCCUUUUCGCGCGUGUGUGUGUGUGUGUAAUCGAGCAAUUUCGUUUCGAACGUAACGACGUAAUAAUUAUACGACUUUUAAUAUUUGCUACAACUUACAAUAACAAUUACGGCAUAUAGUUUAACUUACUUGCUCACUUCCAAUUAAAUACUUUUUACGAAACAAAAUAACCAAGUUUCAAAUUCAAUUAUUAAUUUUAAGUUUGGAAGGAUGAAAUGUAAGAAGGAACGAUCUCAUUGUGUGAAAAUAAUUUAUAACAUCACGACAAGUAUUUCUUAUAAAUAAAUCAGUUUAUAUAAAUUUA